CGCGUGAGACCCGGCUGGCGUGGCCCCGCCGCGCCCCCGCCCCCCGCCGCAGGAUGUCCGGCGCGGCGGCCUCUCCGUCCGUGUUCUCCGGGGGCGCGGAGAACGGCACGUUCCUCCAGCUGUUCCCCACCUCCCUGUCCACCUCGGUGGACCCGGCCCCCGGCCGCCUGUCCAGCGUCUACGUCUACGUGUCCAUGUUCCUCAGCCUUCUGGCGUUCCUGCUGCUGCUGCUGGUCGUGGCCCUCCAGAGGCUCAAAAACCUCAUCGCCUCCGGCCCCUCGCGGCCCGAGUGCCCCGGCGACGACGACGCGGGCAGCUCCCUCACCAACCUGGAAGUCUGCAGCAUCUCCUCGCAGAGGUCCACGUUCUCCGACCUCUCCGCGUGAUGGGCGCGCAC